CCCACUCCCGAAAUUAAAAAUUAACCAAGACAAACUAUCUUACUUUUUAGCAGGAAAAAAUGUCUGUAAAACUAAAAAGUAAUAAUUAAACCUCAUAAUUUAUGAUAAUCUCGAACCUCAAUGCUCAACGGUUAACUUUGACUGCUUAAUCUUCUCUUCUUUUCUUCUAAAAUGUGGGUGGACCAAUUGACCUCAACUUCCGUCCUGGACCGUGAGGGGUUCUGCUGUUUCGUUUUCCCCCAAAAAUUUAAAUUUCAAAAUGAGGAAGACCAAUUACGAAACCUUACACAAAAAUCAAAAUCAUGUUAAAUAUUUUGCCCAAAAUCUCAUACAUACAUACGUACAUAAAUAUUCAAAAACAAAGAAUUUCCGACAAGAUUCAAUACUAUUUUCCUCAAAAACCGUUAUAAAAAUCAAUGUAACUGAAAAGUAGUCACUUUACCGUGCAGUAGAAAAAAACACAUUUAUCUCUUUAAAAAAAAACCAAAAAAUACUUAGCCGUAUCCUGGCAAGUGGUCGUCACUUGAAACCUCAUCUCCCUUCACUGGGUGGCUCAUUCCCAAUGUCCCCCCUUACUCUACUACCCGAUGACUCAGUCCUCGCUCGCCUUAUGACCCUUGAUGCUGAUGAUGAUGCGAUGGCGAUGAUAAUGCGAUGAUGAAAUGCUGGCGACGGGUUAGGCCAGGCAAUAAGCAAUGUCUGGAGGAAGGAGAAGGUUGUUGCUGGUCCGAAGGUUGCUUUAUUACUGACUGUCAUUUGGAAAUGUACACGACUUUUAUGUUACAAAGAUGUCUACAAAUUAACUCCGCCUUCACUUCCACAUCACCUCUUCUUCCCCUUAUUCUCAUAGAUGUACUGCUCAGUCCCGAGGGGGAGCGCACGAGCAGAGUAUGGGUUGAGUGGUUACAGACUGACCUCUAGAACUGACCGGCCGAAAAUCUCUUCAUGGUUCAACGCAGAGUGAAAGCAAAGGUGGGAAUAUGAGACAGGGAAGGAAACCCAUCUUUCUUUGGACUCGUUUCGUCUCGCCCCACUCGCACCACGAAACGAAUACCACGGUUCAUUUCUAUUCGACAAUUCACUCAUUCAUAGUAAUGGACAUAAGACCAGAAGAUUGGCAUCUGUGGAACUGCUCAUCGGCCACCUCCAGUAACAAUAAUAAGCGUCACAGGGAUGAUUUACAUCAUGAGAAGGAGGCAUCUCCGGGAAAGAAGGCAAGGAAGAACAAAGGGGGCCAAUCCUCUGGUUCGAAGGAGGACGACAACUACUCGAUGGAGAUUGGUACCCUAAAACUGAAGACCGACAUAAUGCCCCCUUCUCUCUCAAAUACACUCUUCCGGAGGGAGAUUGGUUUGCCUCGGUCGGUUCAAUUCAGUCCCAAGAUUGACUAUCAUCUCAUACAGCUACUUCUGGCAUCAAGGUCACCUGCAGGGAAAGUUCCGAUGGAACCGGUGACACAUUCUGUCCCUAAAUUCAGCGCUGUUUCAGGGACUACUGCUUCAUCUAGUCUGCUGAACCCAUUCAAUCCGACUAAAAAAUGGUUUCGAACGAGGAAUGAGACGGGAGAAAAAAAAUUUGAAUUUGUCGAUGAAUACAUUAUGAUCAAAGACAGAGCGUGCAACACAAGGCGAUUCAUGGUCCCGAGUGCUCCUCUACUUCAUACUCCAUUUACGCUCAAUUAUUUGAUUGCGGACAAUGACAAGACCAAGUUGAAAUGGCGUGACACAGACGUUCGCUAUAUCAACACGUGCAACCCCCAGAUGAUAUCUGGCCUAACAGUGGCCAAAUUGCCAAACACGUUGAUGGUCCUUGAACCCUUAAAGCUAUUGGCCUAUGACCUUAAUACUGGGAAAAAGUUAGAUGAAAUAUCUGUGUCCUUUGUUGGAGGGCCGACUCACUACAGCUCGGUCCACGUGGAUGAAAAACUCGAUGAUCAAAUCAUCGUUUAUGCAAGCACGGCUUCCGUAAAAAAAAGUAAUCCGGAAAUGACCAUGGAGCUCCUAAUUCUCUCUUAUCCAAAACUACGGAUUUCACACCGACUGCUUAUUCCAAAGUCUGGAGAUUUCGGCGGUCUCGAUGACAUAUCCAUUUUUCAAGAUCUCGUUCUCAUAACUAAACCUGGUUGGGUCGAGUUGUUUAGUCUACAGGAACUGAUGGACAUCAAUCCAAAGUCAAACUCUUCCACAAUGGAUCAGUGCCUGGAGACCGUUCGAUUUACAACCAAGCCGCAGCCGUUGGCAAAAUUCAAAUCGAAAGGUUCACAUUUUCUCCAUAUUUCCGCCAUGUACCCGCCUCACGUCUGCAUUAAAACCAACAAUUCGUAUGAGGUUAGGUCUUUGGAAAAUCCGGAACAACUCGUCGUGUCACUGCCAUCCAAGACCCACGAAGGAGACGUGACCGUCUGGAAUUACGAUGAUCAAAGGCCAAGAAUUAUAGUUUCUGGGCUCCUCCAUGGGUUUGACAUUUUUAGCGUGGACUCUGGAAACCUUGAAAUUCUCUUUUCCACGAAAGGUUUUGCCAAAUCGGAUGCUGCGUCAGACGGAAGUCGUCAAGCAGGGUCAUCAUCGUCCUCCCGGCGCAAUGGGAUGAGGCAACUGGAAAAGAAGAACUAUGCGGACAUUGACUCUUCGCGUAGUUUUGGAUUUGCAUACGACGGGAACUUGGAUUUGUUGGCAGUGUGCAUGGUGGAUGAUGGGAUCCUGCACAGCACAAUUUAUGACAAUAAGACUUUUCGCCCAUUCAGGAAGUUGGUCCCAGUAAAACUGGUCACGCCAAAGCGAGUGGGGAUGUUGUUAGGUUGCUCAAACAUUGCCGUCCUGUUCAACGAUGGCCAUCUGUCUGUGCGCCUCGAUCUUUUUGAUGCUUCAGGAACCGGCGAUCCAUUUCAGGAAUUGUAUACGGUCAAUCUUCUUGGGGAAGUUGUUCCAGAAGAUUGAUUUCUGUUAAUUGGCCGACUUUAUAAUAAUUUAUAUAAAGAAUUCUUUAUAGUGUUCAAACGAGUUUAUUUUUAUACUACACACAUCUCUGGAAUCUCUAAAUGCUGGUCGAAUUUACAAAUAUAGAAAUGUUAAAAUGUUUAGCAUAAUUUUGUACCUGUAUCCAUCUAUUGUGCCAUUAUUCGGGUUUUCAAAUAAUAAACUGGUCGUCUGACAGUUUGAAUCUUUCAGCUAAAA